AGAGCCACGCGCGGCGCCUCCUCGCCUGCCAAUCCUGGCACCUGUGCGCCGAACCACUGCACCGAGGAGGACCCCACUCAGGGCGAACCCCGAGCUUGAAGCCACGGACAGGCAGCCCCUGGGCAGCGGGUUCUCGCCGGCGGGACCUGCAGCCGCCCACUCGGCCACCGCCGUCGCCUGCAGCCGCGGGAGCGCACGGCCCCUCCGAGCCGCCCGCUGCGCCCAGGUCCUCGGGGGUCCUCGCCCAGCAGAGGCGCGGCAGCGGGCAGGGGCUGUUACAGAGUUGGGUGCACCAUUCGCCUUUUCCUCUCAUCUCUUCUCCGCCCAGGAUUUAUUGUCUGUGGAGCCUUCUGGGGGUGGGGAGAGAGCUGCGCCUCCACCACCGCCACCGCCGCCGCCGCUGCUGCUGCGGUCGCUAGCGCGGCGCGCAGGGCAGGCGGAGGCCGGGGAGUGGAAGCGCUCCUGCCUCCCCCGCCGGCGCUCCGGACUUCCCCUCGGCCGCUUCCCGCCGGAACCUCUCCAGCGGUCCACCUGAAGGGCACCGGCAUCAUGGUCUAACGAGGCACCGGCCCGGAAUCCCCUCUUUCUCCUCCUCUUUCUCCUUCUACUCCACCCCUCCUCUCUUGCUCCUCGGAGGACCCUCGUGCCCCACUCCACUGCGGACCCCCGAACACUUUAAGGAAUAACCCUUGGCAGCUGCACGAUUCACUCUCUCCGGAACCUCAUGGGCAGUUUCUCCCGCUGGCUAUGAUGGAGAACCUAAUAAGGGGAAGGAAUCCCCCACAAUAUCAGAGAAGUCCUUGUAAGGAGGUUCGUGCAGCACUUCGGAAGAGGCCUGAAGAGGAGUUGCAGUGCCUGGAGAUGACCACCAAACGGAAAAUCAUCGGCCGUCUGGUGCCGUGCCGAUGUUUCCGAGGUGAAGAAGAAAUCAUCUCUGUGUUAGAUUACUCCCACUGCAGCCUUCAGCAGGUGCCAAAGGAGGUCUUUAACUUUGAACGGACAUUAGAGGAGCUUUAUCUAGAUGCCAAUCAAAUUGAAGAGCUACCCAAGCAAUUGUUCAACUGUCAAGCUCUACGAAAACUAAGUAUUCCUGAUAAUGACCUUUCAAAUCUGCCAACCACUAUUGCUAGUUUAGUUAAUCUUAAAGAACUCGACAUCAGUAAAAAUGGUGUACAAGAAUUUCCAGAAAACAUUAAGUGCUGUAAGUGUUUAACAAUUAUUGAAGCCAGUGUCAAUCCCAUUUCUAAACUCCCUGAUGGCUUCACGCAGCUUCUAAACCUGACCCAGCUUUACCUGAACGACGCCUUUCUUGAAUUUCUUCCAGCCAAUUUUGGAAGACUUGUCAAAUUGCGGAUCUUGGAGUUAAGAGAAAAUCACUUGAAAACUCUACCAAAGUCGAUGCACAAACUGGCCCAGUUGGAAAGACUUGACCUAGGCAAUAAUGAGUUCAGUGAGCUGCCUGAAGUUCUGGAUCAAAUACAAAAUUUAAGGGAGUUGUGGAUGGAUAAUAAUGCUUUGCAAGUGCUACCUGGGAAUAUAGGGAAGUUAAAGAUGUUGAUAUACCUGGAUAUGUCAAAAAACAGAAUAGAAACGGUUGACAUGGAUAUUUCUGGAUGUGAAGCCCUGGAGGACCUCUUGCUGUCAUCCAAUAUGUUGCAGCAGUUGCCUGACUCUAUAGGACUGUUGAAAAAGCUAACUACUCUAAAAGUAGAUGACAAUCAACUGACAAUACUACCCAAUACAAUCGGAAAUUUAUCUUUAUUAGAAGAGUUUGACUGUAGCUGUAAUGAACUGGAGUCGCUGCCUUCUACCAUUGGCUACCUUCAUAGUCUUCGAACAUUAGCAGUCGAUGAGAAUUUCCUUCCAGAAUUACCCAGAGAAAUUGGAAGCUGUAAGAAUGUAACAGUUAUGUCGCUACGCUCCAAUAAACUGGAAUUUCUUCCUGAAGAGAUUGGACAGAUGCAGAAAUUAAGAGUCUUAAAUUUGAGUGACAACAGAUUGAAGAAUUUACCAUUCUCAUUUACCAAACUUAAGGAGCUUGCAGCUUUGUGGCUUUCUGACAAUCAGUCCAAAGCCCUUAUCCCCUUACAAACUGAAGCCCAUCCAGAAACAAAGCAAAGAGUAUUGACUAACUACAUGUUUCCCCAGCAACCUCGUGGUGAUGAAGAUUUCCAGUCAGACAGUGACAGCUUUAACCCUACCCUGUGGGAAGAGCAGAGACAACAACGCAUGACAGUUGCCUUUGAAUUUGAAGAAAAAAAGGAAGAUGAUGAAAAUGCUGGGAAAGUUAAGGAUCUCUCCUGCCAAGCCCCCUGGGAAAGGGGCCAGCGUGGGAUUACUCUCCAACCUGCCAGACUGUCUGGCGAUUGCUGCACACCAUGGGCCAGGUGUGAUCAGCAGAUCCAAGAUAUGCCCGUCCCCCAGAAUGACCCACAGCUGGCAUGGGGUUGUAUAAGUGGCCUCCAGCAGGAAAGGAGCAUGUGUACUCCAUUGCCAGUUGCAGCACAAUCCACCACUCUUCCCUCUCUAAGUGGCAGACAGGUUGAAAUAAACCUAAAACGAUAUCCAACUCCUUACCCUGAGGAUUUAAAGAACAUGGUAAAAUCUGUUCAAAAUCUGGUGGGUAAACCAAGCCAUGGAGUGCGUGUUGAGAAUUCAAAUCCAACUGCUAACACGGAGCAAACUGUGAAAGAAAAAUAUGAACACAAGUGGCCUGUAGCUCCAAAGGAGAUUACAGUGGAGGAUUCUUUUGUUCAUCCAGCUAAUGAAAUGAGGAUUGGGGAACUUCACCCUUCAUUAGCUGAGACCCCUCUGUACCCACCCAAACUUGUUCUGCUAGGGAAGGACAAAAAAGAAUCAACUGAUGAGUCUGAAGUUGACAAGACUCACUGUCUGAAUAACAGUGUUUCCUCAGGCACUUACUCAGACUACUCGCCUUCCCAGGCUUCCUCAGCAUCCUCUAACACCCGGGUUAAAGUGGGGUCCUUGCAGACAACCGCUAAAGACGCAGUACAUAAUUCUUUGUGGGGUAACAGGAUUGCACAGUCUUUCCCACAGCCCCUUGAUUCAAAGCCAUUACUCAGCCAGCGGGAGGCUGUUCCCCCAGGGAACCUACCCCAGCGUCCUGACCGGCUGCCGAUGAGUGACGCUUUCACUGACAACUGGACUGAUGGCUCACAUUAUGACAACACAGGGUUUGUUGCAGAGGAGACCACAGGAGAGAAUGCCGACAAUAAUGCUCUCUUAAAUUCGAAAUCUAGAAGCACAUCUUCUCACGGACGCAGGCCUUUGAUUAGGCAGGAUAGGAUUGUUGGUGUUCCCUUGGAACUUGAGCAGUCUACACACAGACACACACCAGAAACAGAAGUGCCUCCUUCCAAUCCUUGGCAGAAUUGGACCAGAACCCCUAGUCCUUUUGAAGACAGGACCGCUUUCCCUUCCAAAUUAGAGACAACCCCUACCACCAGCCCAUUGCCUGAAAGGAAAGAACACAUAAAAGAAUCUGCUGAAAUACCUAGCCCCUUCUCUCCAGGAGUACCGUGGGAAUAUCAUGAUUCCAAUCCCAACAGGAGUCUUAGUAAUGUCUUUUCUCAAAUCCACUGCCGCCCAGAAUCUUCCAAAGGUGUUAUUUCCAUUAGCAAAAGCACAGAGAGGCUUUCCCCACUAAUGAAAGAUAUCAAGUCCAAUAAAUUCAAAAAGUCACAGAGUAUCGAUGAGAUUGACAUUGGUACAUACAAGGUUUAUAAUAUACCAUUAGAGAACUAUGCUUCUGGAAGUGAACACUUAGGAAGCCAUGAACGACCAGAUAAAAUGCUGGGACCGGAGCACGGUAUGUCCAGUAUGUCUCGAAGUCAGUCAGUCCCAAUGCUGGAUGACGAGAUGCUCACUUACGGAGGUAGUAAAGGCCCGCAACAACAAAAAGCUUCCAUGACAAAAAAAGUCUAUCAGUUUGACCAAAGCUUCAAUCCCCAAGGAGCAGUGGAAGUUAAAGCCGAAAAGAGGAUACCGCCCCCUUUUCAACACAAUUCUGAGUACGUGCAACAGACCGGCAAAAACCUUGCCAAGGAUUUGGUUAGUCCCAGAGCUUACAGAGGAUACCCACCCAUGGAGCAGAUGUUCUCCUUUUCCCAGCCAUCUGUCAAUGAGGAUGCUGUGGUGAACGCCCAGUUUGCAAGCCAAGGUGCUAGGGCAGGCUUCUUGAGAAGAGCCGACUCCCUGGCGAGCUCCACGGAGAUGGCCAUGUUUCGGAGGGUCAGCGAACCUCAUGAGCUGCCUCCGAGUGAUAGGUACGGCCGGCCUCCGUAUAGGGGCGGUCCGGAUCGCCAAGGCAGCGUUUCAGUGACUGAGUCCCAGUUCCUGAAAAGGAAUGGCAGGUAUGAAGAUGAACACCCUUCAUAUCAAGAAGUGAAAGCUCAGGCGGGAAGUUUUCCAGUUAAAAACCUUACCCAGAGGAGGCCAUUGUCUGCAAGAAGCUACAGUACAGAGAGUUACGGUGCCUCCCAAACCAGGCCAGUUUCAGCUAGGCCUACUAUGGCAGCUCUUUUGGAAAAAAUACCAUCUGACUAUAACUUGGGUAACUAUGGUGACAAGCCAUCAGAUAACAGUGAUAUAAAGACGAGGCCUACUCCUGUGAAGGGAGAGGAGAGCUGUGGUAAAAUGCCUGCAGACUGGAGACAACAGCUGCUUAGACAUAUAGAAGCUAGAAGGUUAGACAGGAAUGCUGCUUACAAACACAACACAGUUAACCUUGGCAUGCUGCCCUAUGGAGGUAUUUCAGCAAUGCAUGCAGGCAGAAGCAUGACUUUAAACUUGCAGACUAAGUCUAAAUUUGAUCUACAAGAGCUACCUCUUCAGAAAACCCCGUCCCAGCAAAGCAACAUUUUAGACAAUGGACAAGAAGAUGUAUCUCCUAGUGGCCAAUGGAAUCCUUAUCCUCUUGGGAGGCGGGAUGUACCUCCGGACACCAUUACUAAAAAGGCAGGCAGCCACAUCCAGACCUUGAUGGGGUCCCAAAGCCUGCAGCAUCGGAGCCGGGAACAGCAGCCAUACGAGGGAAACAUCAACAAAGUGACCAUCCAGCAGUUCCAGUCACCAUUGCCUAUUCAGAUCCCCUCGUCCCAGGCCACCCGGGGACCUCAGCCCGGACGGUGCUUAAUUCAAACUAAAGGGCAAAGGAGUAUGGAUGGAUAUCCAGAGCAGUUUUGUGUGAGAAUAGAAAAGAACCCUGGCCUUGGAUUUAGUAUCAGUGGUGGAAUUAGCGGACAAGGAAAUCCAUUUAAGCCUUCUGACAAGGGUAUCUUUGUUACUAGGGUUCAGCCUGACGGACCAGCAUCCAACCUGCUGCAGCCUGGCGAUAAGAUCCUUCAGGCAAAUGGACAUAGUUUUGUACAUAUGGAACACGAAAAAGCUGUAUUACUACUGAAGAGUUUCCAGAACACCGUAGACCUAGUUAUUCAACGUGAGCUUACUGUCUAAAUAUUUUUUAUAAAUAGUGAAGAUACUCUAGCCAGACCUAAUGUUCAAAAAUAAAUUUAUACAUAGAAACAAAUUUUGCCAAUUGCUGGACCAAUGGCAAACAUUAGUGCCAAAUGUAUAAUACUAUAUGUUAGCACUGAUCCUCCUUAAAAAUGUUAACUAUAUAAAUAUGACGUUCAUGUGGUUAUGUAUUAGUUUUAAUUGUCAGCCUCUGGCUGUGCAUUGGUGCAGUUUUGUUUUUGUUUUUGUUUUUGUUUUAAUCAAAUAAGUUUCUUCUCGAAGUGGAUUUCAUAUAAUUUCGGAGCACGGAAGCACACACAAGCUCUUUACGAAUUCUGCUCUCCAUCAGAAACACUGCCUCAAAGUUGUAUAUGCCUUUAUAUAGAAAAUACAAGUAUAAAGAAUUGUAAUUCCCAUAAAAUAUUUCUAGCACAAGGUAUAUGUUGGCAUAUAUACAAAAAGAAUAUAGAGAAAAACAAUAUUUUCAUAAACUAAACAUCUCGGAUUGAGAAAGAAAAUAUAUCUUAAAAUAAGACUUUACUAUAUUGAAUCUUUUUCAAUAAAAAUUACAUGAUAAUGCCUUAUGAAAGUAACUGUACAUAUGGUAUAAAGUGUUUAUAUUUGGUUCCAUAUUCAUUUGCUAAAUUCUCAUAAGACAGAGUGAAAUAUUUCAUAAAUUAGCCAUUUGUCUCUGGGACCUGAAUAAAAAGAGGACAAACUAAUUUGCUCAAUGCCUUUAGUUGAUUACAAUACAUGCAGAGGUAAGAAACAGACUAGAGGUCAUUGCAGAUGAAUCUUUUUCACCACAAAUUUAAGCAGUGAAUGAUGGGUGGCAGGAAGGUAUUGCUUUAUUUCUUUCAAGUUUAUUUUGAUUGUAAACUGUAGCCUCUGUGAUUUCUUUACUUGUAAAUGUAGGAUUUAUUUGUGUGUUGCUUUAUCUAAUUUGCUACUUUUAAAUCAUUUAAAACAAGUUUUGAGGAUUGAUAAAAUUUAUCAUUAAGGACUGUUAGAAAGUUAUGAUGGGUGAUUAAAAAAACUUUGGUAUUUAAAUACAACACUUCAAAUAUAAUUUCUCAGAGCUAUGGUCUACUGUAUUAUUAAUUUCAGUGCCUGUCUUUGUGGGCAGAACUAUAGAAAAUACUUUUUUUCCAAAAAAGUUUCAAAGUAUAUAAAAUCCUGAAUUCUGUCUCACCAGAGAGAAAGACAAACAUAGUUAAUAUAGGAAUUAGUUAUUUUUACACUGGAGUUGUUUUCCUCUAUAAAUGAUCAAAAUUCAUUUUAUAAUCCUUUAAAAAUAUUUCUUUUAUAUAUUAAUCAUUAAUUUGAUUAAAAUACUAAUUUGAAAUUCCAGAAUGAUUUCCCAGAGUUAGUUGUAUGCAUUCUCUCUCCUAUUUCCACAUAGCUUUUUUUUAAAAAAAAUAUAGAAUGAAUUUACUUUACAUGCUAGUGUUUCAAGUGUUCUAUUAGGAUUUCCACCGUGGUAUCACAUACUGAUGUCACCAAAGCUCUGAGAGUAAUAUUUGUAUGUUAACUGUUUUAUGGGGACAUUUAAAAUAUUGUAUUUUUGUAGGGUCUAUUAAAAUGAGUGUCACUUAUUAGAAGUACAGUGGUAUUUUUUGGCAAUAGAAUUUGUCGCUUGAAGGCAAAUGAUACUUCACCUUAUAGAUGAUGCACUAAUUUUGAUGUUGCUUUAUGUCAGGGUGACAUUAUACCAUGAUUUUAUAGGGUUUGACAUUUAGCAAAUGAUUAAAUGAUUGGCCUAUUUAAUAUGUUUCCCAGAAGUAACUUUUAGAUGCAUUUUAAUAUAUUGACAGUUUCUGAUGAGAAGUGUCUUUCAGAGCCUAAUUUUCUUUGUCAAAAACUCACACCAAGCCACUGUAUCCAGCCACGAUUGUAGGAUGAUCAUCAUUCAUCAAGACAGAGGCCCUCACUGGCCUCACAAGAUCGCUUAAAGGAAAAGGAAACGUGUGGGUGUAGUUUGGUGGCAAGGAAGCAUCUCAAAUCAUCCCAUCAGUGUGUUAACCUGUCACGGGAGAGGUGAGAGAAGAGCCGGGUGUAGGAUUUCCCAAGUCUUUUUUCUUCUGUCAGGCUUCCACAUCAAACCCAGGGCUUCAGGAGAAGCUUCUGAGACACAAAGCUGAGAGGACCUUGAUUCUAGUAAACACCUCUACACUCCUGAUCUGAUGACAUUGUCUUGGGCCAAUGCUUUAAUCCUUCCUGUACUGCAGAGAGUGAGGAAAAGAGAAAAGGGAUCACUGACCAACUGGAAAAGAAAUCUGAUGAGCCAAAGCACCUCAUGGUCAAUUGUACUGCCAUGCUGCAUACUGAGAAAAGGCAGGGAAUCAUGAAAAGAGGCACUUUUCUCAGGUUGACUAAAUAAAAUCAGUAAUCACUUGAGGGGGAAAAAAUAUAAUUGAUUCCAUAGGUAACCAAAACCAAUCAUACAUUAGUUUUUGAGUAUUGACUUUUUUGCAGUAACUGGUUUUGCUGCCUGAAAAUAGAGUCUGGUUUAUGUUAGCCACAACAAAAAAGAGUGUGCCUUUCAAAGAAAGGAAAAUCAACAACAACAAAAAAGGAGUGGAGUUCAUCAUGACUGCAAUAGACUCACCUCUUGGUCUUUGAUUUUUGGGGGAAUCUUUCUGCUGAGGAAGGUGUCAAAUCUGGUGGAUCAGUAAGACACGGUGGAGGGGAAUGAGAAAGAUCAGAGGUGGAAGGAACAAGCACUGAAAAUUCUUAGUAGAUUUGCUGCAGAUUUUGCAAACCAAAUAGACAUUAGCGGAUAAUUUUUAAAACUAUUUACACAGCUUAUAAUAUAUUGUCACAAAAGCUCUCUUAUGAUAAUUCCAGCCUUCCAGACAACGUCAUCUAAAUAAACAUAGUAAUUAAUUUCAAAAUAUAAGUGUACUUUUGACAAGGAAUACUCAAAGUCAGUAUGAAAUGCAAAUAUUUACAUCCUGCUAAUUUAUUGCACAUUGAAACCUAUAAAAUAUAUGUGUCCCAAUUAAUUAGGACUGUAAUUACAGAGACAUCAAACAAGCCUGGUUGUUUCUCAGCCGUAUGUUGGAUUACCAUCCUUAGGAUGGAAAGCAGCUUCAAAGAGGGCAUGACAAGUCAGCAUUAAUUUGUUUUUAAUCUUAAAGGUGAAAAUUUAAAGAUCAUCUUAAAGAUGAUUUAAAAGUAAGACAAAUAUCUUUUACCAUGUGAGCUAAAGAGAGAGAAUAUUCAGAGGGAGGAAAAUGGUGGGAAAAUUAGAUUUAUGCAUGCAAAUGCUAAGUGAAAAGUAUCUGAAUUUUUCCAAAAUGAUUGGAGGAAGGAAGCCAGAAAAACAUUUUACUUUUAACCAUAAAAUCUAUUUAAUAUCUCCACCACAAUUGAAAGCUUUGGAAAACACAGUGUUUGCCAACUUGUCUUUCCCUUGGCUUUUCUUGCAGCCCCCACAGUGUCUGCCCCUCACUGGCGCGCAGAUCAAGAAUGACUAUUCUGAUGAAACACUCUUAUCAACAGGCAACAACACAACAUCACCAGAUAAAAAGCCAUGUUGGUAUAAAAUGACCACUCUAAAUCUUUGGUAAAUUCAAUCAGACAACAUGUUUGACUGAUUCCUGAUAUACUGACCCAACAGCAGGUUUACUGAAACGCUGGGUCAGUAAAAAGUUAUGCAAAUAAUGAAAUCUAGUACAUUACGAAGAUGAGUCCUUUAUCUCGCAUCAAGUAAAGCAGGGCUGAGGGUCCAGUCACGUUCCUCUCACAGAAAUGCUAAAUCUUUCUGAAGCUUAAUAAAAUGUUCAAACACUGGGCUGGUGAUGUGCCCUCUCUUAUGUUUGUAGUUCCCUGAUCAUCUGGGAAUUGGGGGGAAAUCUUCAGAUUUGAGAUCACUUGCAUGAACUUUUUUCCUUAGCAGUACAAUUGCCUUCCACUAAGGAAAGCAUCCUGCCUUGGCCCAGAAUAUUUCCCCAUGGCAGCAAGACCAUCCCGCAAGUAUACAUUGUAGCAAGAAAAGAGAAUGUGGGCUGUGGAAAAACAGAUGCGCACUAUAGAAAUCAUGUGGGGUAAUAUUAGAGGAGAUCCCGGGCAUCGGCUCUUUUAUGCAUCCUUUCAGCUUCAUUUGAUCUAAACUAUUCAGAGAAUGUAUUUUUCCAAAACACCCCACCAUACAAAACUAAGGCACAUGCAAUCAGGUUUUCUAGUUAUAUUCUGAAGCUUCUGGGGGCAUUUCUGUUUCUCUCUGUAAAGCUGACCUUUCUCCGUUGCUGCUGUUGCUGCUAUAGAUCCAUCCCGCCAACUCCCCUUGAUGUUCCGAAGGCGGCGGACGGCCGCUUCUGUCCUGCCGACACAGGAUAAGAGGCCCCCUAGAGUUCUAAGUGUUUGGAGACCCUUGAGUAUCAACUGAUGGUUCCAGCUUCCAGUUUGGUAGGAACUUUCUUUGGUGAUGAAGGAAGCUGGAGUAGUAGCAUUAACCAAGGCUCAAAAGUGGAUCACUUAUCCAUGUCCCUGACAGCAGAAACACAGCUUGUGCACAAGGGGGCAGGUGGCGAUGCGUUGAGACCCGUGUUCCCACUUCUGUUUUUAAAAUGUUGAAUUUUACCUUAUGGAGGACCCUCUCUGGGCCUCCCAGCUGAUUUUUACUGGGACAGGUUCCAGUCUUCUUACCUUUGACACUGUCUGCAGGAGAAUGGUCUGGAAACACCCCCCUGUGAGGGCAUAAAUUGCAAGGCUUCUACUUUGGAGAAUUCAGAGCUGUCUGAUAAAUGGAGGGGAAAAGUCCACUCUAAGUUUUGAUUAAAAAGAGUAAAUGAAAAUCUAGGCAUAUUGAAUCCCCUGGGCUUUUUUACUAUGUGGUUGUCAUAAUCUUCCCUGAGAGCAGAUCUCUGGGAAGUAAAGAGAGGACAACAGAGAGAGGAAUUCCCUGUCCACCUUAGAAGCACUCCUUCGUCGGUAGAGCUCCCGCAGUGGGGUUCCGCUGCAGGACAGAAGGCUCGCGCUUUGUAACAACCCAUCGAGCAGUAAGCGAGAGAAGCGGGCCUGGAUGGGAGGCAGGCCCAGAAGAGAAGGAUGUCUCUGCAGCUACACCAGUAUCUCCCCAAACCAUCCUGGGCUGCAAAACACUUCUUUUUUUUUUUUUUUGGCCUCAUUUUGUUAAUAGCAGCACCUCAAAGAGUGGAAAGUUAUGAAAUUCAGGCAGUGUUUACGUAGAACGCUCUGAAAUCCUGUGACUCUUGUUAGUCUGGCCUGACCCAGAAAAAAAGCCAGGCUCAGAUUUCCACAGGUGUGAUUUUCAAACCUAGUAGAAUUUCUUUUCUCCUUCAAAAAAAAAAAGGCUCUCUUUUAUUUUCAUUCUUUAAGCUAGUGUAAUUUUCAAUGUGUGUAGGAAUGCGUGCUGAGAAAAAAAGUUAAAUGAGUUAUCCAAUCUUUAGUUUUGAAAGUAUAUGUAUUUUUUCUAAAAACUAUCACUGUUGCACAGUUGUAUCAUUUCUGCCAGGUUUUUUCCUUCUUUAAAAUAACAUGAUGAGGAAGCAGCCUGCUAAUGCUUAGGCAUCUCUAUACCUAGAGUAAAAUAUCUUAGUAGCGAGACUUUUAUUUUUAUCGCAAACUCCAUAUUUCCUCUGCAGGAAAACAGUGACUGUAGCUGAAUCUCAGAUGCCUAAGGUAUGUCAUUCAUAAAUUCAAAACAUUUGGGACAUCUUAUUGAAGACUAUUACAAAAACAUUAAAUGCAAUGUUUAUAAAUACUUGUUGAGCAUCAGCUAUCUACCAGGCACUGCAAGGGAUGGAACAUGGUCUCCUUUGUACAGAGUCUCACCAUCAAGUGGAAAGAAAGAUGGAGAACUUCCAGAUGAAGGACAGUCCAAGGCACUGUGGUGAGUCCCUGUGUCCCUGGCCUCAGCCUGUGUCUUGCAAGAGGAAGCAGCAUCUUUAGUCAAAUCUCUUUGGGUUUGAGCACUGAGGUUUAGAUAGUUCAGAGGUAGUUCGCGUUUAGAGGUACAGAUAGUUCCCCCUACUGCCUCCUCUGGCCUUUGGGAGGCCAAUAGGAACGUUUGCCAGGAUUUAGGGCAGCAUUUGAUAGGGCAGAAGUGGCAAGAGUGGAGAAGGGAAUUUUUCCAGUUUGUUCUAAAGAAGAGAGAGAAUAUAAUAAAAAAUGGUGCCCAUCACCUUGGCCCAGCACUGUGUCUGUGUGCCGCUGACAUGAUGGGGGAAGAGAUGGAAGUCGGCACUUUAAAAGGCAUGGGUGUUUGAUUGAAGAGAUUCUUCUAUGUUGAAUGUCCCCAAAGGGUCCCUCCCGUGACCGCUGCCUCUCGUAGACUGUCGGGAGCAUGGGAGUGCAUAGGAUCCAAUAUUAGAACGACCCACCAGCAGUGCGAUGAGCUGAGUGUUCAUUCAGCCGGCUGCACUUCAUGUUGAUCUACUUCACUUCCUUCAGUGGAAUGAAGAGCAUUUUCACUGCCUGCUGUUCAGCCCUUCCCAUGGAAAUCCUGUUUGCGCGAGGUUGGAUCACACAUACUCACCUAUCAGAGACUUCUACUUCUCCUUCCACGCUUGAUCCUCUGAAGCUGGGAAUUGCUUGUUUUCUCUUCACCCUGUCUAUGCGUCCUCAGCGUGUUAGAUCCUAGAAAUCCUUCCCUCUCCCCAAGCCCUCGCUGUGCUUCUCCAUCUCAGCCUUUGCCCACACCGCUCCCUCUACUGGAAUGUCUUCCUGUCUAAAUUAUCAAAAUCAUAUGCAGCCUCCAGGGUCCAGCUCAAACAUCACCCCCACCAAGAAACUUUCCCUAAUCUUGAUUGGGAGAAAUUUCUCUUCCUCACACUAAUACCAUCAUAUUAACUUUUUGUAUGUUUUAUAGUACGUGUCACAUUCCACCUGAGGCCAUAGCUAUUUGGUAUGUGUUCUUUCUCUCCUAUCAACUGCAUGCUCCUUGAGAGGAUCAGACAAUGCUUUAAAGAGGCACUCUGGACAGAAGAGCUUCCAGAGGGCGUGUCUGGUUUGCUUACCAUGUAGCCUCAGUGCCUGUCACAGUGUCAGAUUAUCAUAGGUGCUCAAUAAAUAUUUGUACAGUGAUUAAGUGGGUGACAGGUCUGGCACAUAAACACACUUAAUAAAUAUUGAAUUAAACAGGAAGUUGAUAUUCAAUUUGCAUAAUCUUAAACCAUGAACCUUUUACUUUCUCAGUUUAUUCACCAUUUCUAGUUUUGUUUUGCUUUUUUAAUUCUCUCUUUUAAUCCAAUCCUCCUCCCCUCCUCAGCAUUUCUUUUAAGAUCUUUUAGGCUCUUAUGCUGUUUCAGCAGUGGUGUUUAACUUCCCUUUUGUGUGCUAAGGACCUUAACACUGUCCAAAAAGGCUAAGUAGUGGCUUUUGUUCAUUUAAUUGGAGGACAUCAUAUCCAUCCUUUUGAUUGGUUUGGGUUUUAUUUCUCUUCUUGGCAGAAGUCACACACGUAGAUGUCUGCAAUCUCUCAGAGAAAUGAAUGCUUGAGGUUGAACUCACAGAGCCAGGCUCUGGUCUUACAGGUGUCCUGGAGGUAAUGAAGCCAGAGGCCCGCGGUUGGAGAGGGGAAGUGACUGUGAACUAAGGAGACAAAAGGACAUGGUUGGAUCUAUUUCCAACCCCUUUUUAAGGUUCUUCUACCUUAGGUGCGUUGUGAUCUGGUAAAUGACUUUACCCAAGCUAUUCUCAAAAUUUGGAGGUGUGGGGAAUAGUGAAGGGAGCUGUGACAGGGAUGGGGCCAAAGAAAGGUAGUUGGGAAGAGGGAGUCCCCAAGCCUAUUUUAGCUCUAAAAUUUAGUGGAACUGCUGCCGCAUGCUGCCUGUUCCAGACUAAAGAAAGACCUGUCCACAGGCCUUUGGCUAUCAUUCAGCACGACAAUGUCUACACACUACAUUUUGGCAUCAUUUCAUGGACAGAUUCUACUACCUGCAUCCCUAAAGUGAAAAUGCCAUAUCUCCCAGCCAGAAUUCUCACACCACUGCAAAGCUUUGGAAUUAACACGGCUAAGUAUUUAGAUCGAUCACAGAAAACCUGGGUUACCUUCGUAAGACCACAUGCCCCCUGCCAAACUCUCAUAGCGGUCAGAACCUGGCCUGCUGAUCUCAAAGCAGAAAGAAGGCUGUUUAUACUGCCAUUGGCACUGGCUUCAUUAGAGCCUUCCCUUGUAGGGGCGAAAAGAUGGAGUUCAGCCCCUGAAAAGAAAAACAGUUUCUAGUGGGGAGAGCCCUGGGUGGGUGAGCUCCUGACCACAGCUCCUCUAUCACCUCAUGGGAUCUUGCUUUCCUGCAAGCAAAGCAUUUCUUUCUUAGCUUUCUCUCAAAAAUAUUUCCCAUAUUGUUCUAUUCAGGUUUCAUUGAUAAUUGACUACAGAAUUGAGUGAAAUAUUCCCAAACAUAAAAUCCAUUUCUCAUCCACUCUUUUGCUUAUACUAAUAAUACUGAUUACUCCAUCUGCCCCCACCUUUUAAUUUCUUUGUGUGAAGAGAACUUGCUGUCUCCUCUUCAUACGAGGAGAACUUGCUAACUGGCAGACUAGGGCUUCUUUUCGUGAACUUUUUUUUAAUCUAGAAGCCAUAAAUGUACUUUGAAAGAAACUUCCAUCAUUUUCCUCAAUAGUCUGGUGCCUCAAGCUCUCCAGAGGCCUACACUUUGAUCUUACAGCCCAGUCUGUACGUAUUUCCAUGAGGAAAAGACAUGCCAGUGUCUGUUUGAACAAAAGUGAAGUAAAAGUGGAAAAUCAAAUAUUAAUUGAGCAAGUAACUUUAUUUUAGAGUAGUAAGUGGGUAUCUAUAUUUUAGAAUAGUCAGAGCACUUUAAGUAUUUUAAGUAAGAUGAUUUCAGAAUAGUGAGGAAGAGGAGGACAGUCUUGAGGUCUGGGUGAGGAGAGAAAUUCAUAAGUUAUUUAGGGAGUAAGAAUGAGAAGGGAGAAGAAGGGAGAUAAAGGAUGGAUAAAGAGGACCAGACAAAGAAGAACAAACUGGCUGGCAGAAACCAGACUCAGAUUCAGGCACAGCCUCCCGUCGCCGGGAGACCAGGCGGCUGUGGGUCACCCCCCCCCACCCCCCCGACCAGAAGAGAGAUCUCUCAGGUCCUCGUGGUUUACUGGCCUCCCUUCUGCUUUUCCAAAGUAGAAAGAAGAAUUCAAAAUGAAAAAUAAGGCAUAUAUUAGAAACAUACUUCAUUUAAUUGUUAUUUAUUUCUAGAAACUAUUUUUGUAAUGUAGUGAGUAAUUUUUUAGUCACGCAACUUAGGAAAGUCACUAAAAGUUAUGUCACACAAAAAAACUACCGGAGCACUUUUCUGAAAUAAAGGCCAAUCUCAAACAGUAUAGUCAUAGGUACAAGUUCUGUGGGGAAGUGAGGAAAAGUAUCGUUCUAUCAUCCGACGGAAAAGGACCUUGAGAGGAUCUAUUUCAUCUGUCUACCUCUGGGGAAGACUUGAUGCUACUUUUAAAUUCCUUCAGAGAAGAGGCUACCACUUCCCUCAGUAACCCACCCUCAUAAAGCAACAAAUCACGUGUUUCAUCCCAGUAAGACCCUCUGUUGGACUCACUGGGUUGGGUCUGACACGUACAUUUUGAUACACAGUGGGACAGAUCACACUCUUUACUGGAACAUGUCUGCAGUUAGGAAGAGCCACCACUAGAUGGAGCGCACGUGUCUCUAUUUUCCAAACGAGUCUUGGCAAUUCUCUGUCUUGGAUGACCACACUUUGGACAGUCCAUUUUAUACCUGUUGUGCUGAUACAGCUGUUAAUAAAUAACUGCUAAUAAAUUGUUGAUAAAACUAUUAACAAACCUUUCCAUACUCUUUUGAGAGAAUUAAUUUGAAACAAUGCUCUAAAUUUAAACAAUGUAAGAAAAAAAUUAAGAGCUUUGAGCUUAUUUUAAGCACUUUCUGUAUUUUCUGACUAAACCUCUCAGGUUGUAUCAACCACCCCAGGACCCAGUCAGAGAGAGAAAGGGAGAGGAACAGAGAGAGAGAGAGAGAGAGAGAGACACUCCACUCUCCCUAAGCCUCAGGUGAACGUGUGAUUGAAAGUGUUGACGUUCCCAGUUGUUCAGUUGAAUUAUUACAUCCACCAGUUUAAUAGUUCUUCUCUACUUGCUUGUGUUUUCCAAAUAUUUUGUGACUCUCUGCCAUUAUUUUAACCAAGCUUCCUUCAGAUAUUCUCAUUCCAAAUAUGUGGCAAGAUAUUUGCUACAAAUUAUUUAACAUAUAUUUUUUUAAAUGAGCUCUCCGAAACUUAAACAUGGGGAAGGAAGUGUGCCUGGCACAGGGUUCUUUCUAUUACUCUAACACUAGUCCAGUCUGAAGAUGUGCGCAUCUGUGUAUGGCUUUAUUUCCAACUGAUAUCUGACAGUAACUGGGCAUAUAGUAUAAACUAAUUUUUAAUUUUAUCUGUGUGUGCAAGUAAUUGACAUAUUAUUAAUCAGAUUUUACUUUAUUAUAAAAUGAAUAAGGAAUGUACUUCAAAAUAUAUCUUAUAAAGUGAUAAUCGGAUUCAAGGGAUGGUUUACAGGCUCCUGCAGCCUCUCUUCUCUCCGAAUGUCCGCAUGUUGAAGGCUCAGAGCCUCUGGCAGCUUCAGUGACAUGUGUCCUCAAGCUAUUUUGGGUCUUAAGUUUGGAACUUCAGGGCUAGCUCUAAUAGCUGGAUCAUUGUUUAAAAAGCCAAAUGUUUCUGUUUAUUUCUUCUAAGCUAAUUAUGUCCCCAACCGUCCAAGCUUGGCCAGCACCCUUGUUUGGGCCGCUCCUGUGCCAGUUCCACCAAAGUCCUACUUAUUUCUGGGUUCAUGGUGUUUCUCUGCCCACUGCGUCAUCACCCUUUCUUCCAACCCCAAGCAAAAGUAGAAGGAAAACAAGAUGUUCUUUCCCGAAGUCUAUGUAAAACUAGUUAAAUCCUCUCAUGUUUUCCUCCACAUCAAUCCUCUCUGGCCACAUGAGCACCAGCUACUAAUAUAGUUGUGCUCUUUCUUAGCAAAUUCGUUCACCCUUCUUUGGGUUGGUGUUUUGCAACUUCUUUAUGAUCUCGAGCUGGCCGAUUUUAGUGCGCCAUCUUGGAUGUGCUUCCUCUCUUUUCUGGGGAGACAAAAAUCUGCUGAACAAACUUAAAUUGUACACAAUGUGGCCACACAUUUUAAGGCCCAUACAGGAGGUGUCCACCAGUUUCCUUCUCUUGAAUACAGCUUUUGGCUUUUUCACUUGCCUUAUAUUCUAUUUCAUUGUCUUUUUCAUUCCUUCUCAGACUUCCAUAGGCUUUUCAGUAUAGGUUGAGUUGCAGAAUCUGGAAGUAAAUAUUAGAAUAAAAAUUAGGAAGAAUUUGGACUGAGAAUGAUGAGAAAACCGACUUGAAAGCUAUUUAUGUACUCCAAUAGAGGUUUGGUUUCGUUUUGUUUUGUUAAUGCUGGUGGUACUGUGCUACCUCUAGACUUUUGGUAUCAGCUGUUACCUAAAGUGUUUUUUUUUUUUUUUGUCAUAUGUGAAGAAUCUUAAUUUUGUAAUCCUGGGAGCAAUCUCUAGGUCAGUGCUUCCUAUCCAGCAGCCAGCUAAGCUCCGCCGGGGACUGCGAUGUUGAUCCCCUCAAAGCACGGGGCUUGUGGCUUAUUGCUUUCACUUGGGGCCUGGAGGGACCGUCUCUGUUUUACCCACCUGUACCCCAUUAUGCAGAAUAACAUGAUCAUCUUCUCUCCGUGCUGUGAUGUGAAGAGGUUGGGAAGCUCUGCUUUUAGGUACAACAGAUGGGAGGACAACUCGGUUGGGGUGGUGUGGGGCCCUAAGCAGCUGGGAGGAGAAGCAAGCAGCGAGGAACUGGUACUUAAAGUCCUGGACCCUUUCAAACACUCCUUGCAUGCCUCCCCUCUCCCACCAGGAUGCUGAUUGUCCAAUUAUGUCACCUCCUUGCAAGAUGAGUGAAUGAUAGUCAUACUCAAGACUCCUCUGACUUCUGUGGGUGUUUGCUAAGCCAGAACUCCCCUGAGGAAAAGAAGGGUAGUUAGGUAGCGGGCAAAUCUCGUUCUCCACAUUUGAUUUUUCCUCUGUUGUAUCGUCAUACAAACCAUUCCUGACUUGUAACACUUGUCUUUCACUGCUGUCCUUCUGUUUGUUUUAAUCUACCCAUCUUUGAUAGCCAGUCUUUGGACAUAAUUCUGCAGCCAUACUUGUGGUGGUGUUCAACUGGUCAGUAUUUCGCACUUGAUAGAAUCACACAGUCUCAUUAUGGUCAAGACAGAGUCUCCGGCAGGCCACCACUCUGAUAUGUUCUUUAUAAAACCAUGAAUGUUGCUAGCAAACAUUACAGAUCUGUGUUUGUGACCAUUUCCCAGAGAAAGUCAAACUCGGGACUCUCUCUCUCUCUCUCUCACACACAAUAGAAUAUCGGGCACUUUUUUUUUAGGUUUUCACAUAUUUCCCAAAAGGACAGUUACUAUCCCUGUGAUCUAGGGACCUACACCAUCAAAACUGCUCAAAGGUAAAGGACUGUGUCUUCUUUUCUUUUUUAAAUGUUUCAUAAAUAUCUCCAGCAUGUGCAGCCACCCCCACAAGAACAUGUGCUCAUUUGAAGAGCAGUAUUCACCCAGGCCUGCAUGUAGGUUUGAGCAGAUGUAGGUCAGAGAGGUGUCUAAGUAAUUGUCUCCUAAGUCUGCCCAUGGACCAUGCUAAGAUUUGGCCUCUAGCCAAUCCAUGUGUUUAUCCUUUAAAACAAAAUUAUCAGUGAUUAAAAUAAUUUAUCUUUUUCUUGCUGUACAUUCAACUUAAUCAAUAAAUGUUAGUGACCAAAAGGUUUUGAGAACAAUGGGAGAUAGAAAUAUAAAUAACCCAUGUUCCCUCCCCUCAAGAAACAAAGUCUAUGGGGAGACAGACACAUGAAAAGUCUCAUAAAUGCUGCUGCGUAGGCACAAAAUAGGAGGGGAGGUCAGAGAGCAGUGCAUUCUCUCUUUCCCCCCCAGUCUAAUAAAAUGGCGAUGCUUCCUCCUAGCUUUAUUGUCUUCAUAACAUGGAUGAGGAAUCUUUUUCUAUUCCCUCAGGAAGCAGGCUCCUGUCCCUCAUAUAUGUUCUUUUCCAAAAAGGACAAAGUCUCAGGUGACAGUGGGAUGCAGACAACUGCCGCCUCAUCCUGGAUGAAGCGUUAUCAGGGAGGGACAGUCGCCAGCCUGGCUAAGCUCUCGCUCCCACUCUCACUUGGCUUUGUCCUCAAGGGGUUGCGCCUUAGGGAUCACAGUCAGAGGGGCUGCAGGAAUCCAGGGCAGCUCCUCCUUCCUCAGGGAGGGCACUGAAGCUUGAUAACAGAGGCCUGCUGUUCCCCUUGAAGAGAUCCAUCUGAGGGAAGGAUACAACAGAACACUUUCUCUUUAGUAUCUUUUGAAAUCUUUGCUUUAAAACAAUUCAUUGUAUUUUAAACACCUAAGAAAAGUAUACAUGCUUCUGGUGGCCUUGCAUCUUCUAAAUACUUACCAUGCACCCUCAUACAAGGAAAAGAUGGCACUCCUUACUGUGAGCAAACACCCCGCCAUCCGGGAUGCUUUGUGUUUGAGAACAGAGCCCAACCUGUUACAGUUCAGUAAGAAACGCCACUUGAACCGCACCUAUGAUAAAAUUUUCUAGGAAAUAAAAGAGUGCCUGGAACUCUGCAGAUACAGACCAAGUCCCACGAUGCCAUUACAUGGACAGCUGAACUGCCUGUGUGCCCUGGCUCCAGGCUCUUCCCUCCAGGGCCACCCAACGUUCACGAUUUCAGCUGCCCUGGCGCCAUCUCUCAGCGCUGAGAAGUGGUAGCCAUCUAAAUUCCCACAAGUUCUUCUGAGGGAAGAAUCCCUUCAGAAAUUACACUGGCAAGAGAAAUAGCGGAAAUGGUUUAACAUCCAACAAAAUCCCAGCAUUUUUGUUUGCUCCUUGAGGUUAACCUCAAGGAUUAUUUCACUUGGGUUGGGACUAGCCUAGAGGUAGGACAGCCACCGUACGAUAAAGGUGGGUUCAGAAAGUAUCUGAGUUCAAACAUGGUCUGGAAAGUUAGCUGCCAUUUGGUGAUAAAGUGGUGGGUUUUACCUGGGAGCAAUUCGGUAUCUGUGCAUCAGUGUAGACAAUGUGAGUUUAUUAAGACCAUUUGCGGCGGAUGGUGCAGCAUACUUAUGUUUGAAAAUGAGAUUGAGCUUCUUAAAUGGUUAAUCAGAGGGCUCGACCCUCAAGAACCACUUUGGGCAUAUUGCUGGAGAUCAAGGUUGAAGGUAUCGGACACAGCCCGGUAUCUAUGGCUAUUCAGUGGCCAACGUGACAAAGCUUUUUUUUUUUUUGCACUGUAAAACUGAACUAUUUAUUUAUUUAACACCUCACCUUAAUUCAGAAAGAACAGCCAUGCAGUAUGAUGCCCCUGUUUUUUUUGUUUGUUUUUUAUGUUAAUAAAAAUUGUAUAUACUUCAGGUGUACAUGAUGAUUUGCUAUAUAAAUACAUAGUGAAAUGAUUACUACGGUCAAGCUAAUUAACAUCUCAUCUCCUCACACAGUUACCUUUCUUUUGUUAAUGGUGAGAGCACCUGAAAUCUCCUCCUUUUCCAAUUUCCAAUAUCCAAUACAAUAUUAUUGACUGCAGUCCUCAUGCCGUACAUUAGAUCUCCAGACUUAUGGCUACUCUGCAGAUGUCAUCAUUCCACUCAUAAGUCAGCAUUUUUGAUUUCCAAAUACCGGCAGUUGUUGAAAGCAACAGAUGUCCUAAUAUUGGCAAGAUCAGUUCUUUCAUGAACUAUAUACUGAACUGUCAGAUGAGCUAGAGAAAACUAUGUAAAAGUUAUGUCUGCACCUCUUUAAGGGACAUGACAUAGCAGAGAAUCACUUAUUCAACCUUAGAAAAACUGAGAGGAGAAACCAAAUUAUUUAAAAAAUUCAGAGUCAAAUUUAAAUUCUCAAUACAUCAGGAGAUUUGUUAUAACAGUUUUAAAUUCUUGUCUGAAGAAUGAAGAGAUGUGGUAAAACUAUUAAACACAGUCGUGUCAGGUGGCCUCCCAGCCUGGAGGAGCUCAAGUCUGUCCAAGGUGUGGUCCACCAGUGAGAGAAUCAGCACCACGUCACAGCAAACGCUCAUCGUUCUCUACUUUAAUCCGGACCAGUCUUCCUCCAGGCAGCUGCUGCCUGAUUUUAGAGACCAUCUCAGGAAGGAAAAUAAACGGUCCCUUAUUUAUCAUUUGUCGAAUUCAAAGGCAUAACUGCUCGCGAACCCCCGACUCUGUGUUCUUUGCCUGUCUCAGAGAGAGAUCGGCUCACUUGUCCUUACUCUAAAGCAGUGCUUCGCGCGGCGUUAAAGAUUAGUCCUGCGGCAGGUUGUUCCAAUGCUUCCUGCCUGCAGAAGCCAACACUAGAAGUCUCCCAUCCUGAGAUUCGCUGGAAUAUUGAUUUAAAAAAUUAUUUUAGCGUAAGCAAGAUAACUGUACUCAAAUCUGUUUAUUGUCGUUUGCCUCCCAAUUCUGCCAAGUGGUAGAAAAUUCAGGCAUUUUAUUGGAUUUCAGAACUCUGUAAGGCACUCUCGGGAAAACAGAAAUGAAUGGGGCUUUUGGCAUUGCAAGAACUCAUUGUUGAGACUGUCAAAUGAUUCAGUAAGGAACUCUAACAAAUAGAACAGCAAGUCACUAGUGAGAAGGAAAUAAGCAUUUCUAGUGAAAUCUAUGUCUGGUGUACUUCCGCCCAGGGAGCAUAUUUUAUUCAGACCAUUUGCAGCUAGAUGUACCCUAAAGACAACUAGCCAGUAAUAGCUGGUCUCCCACUUCCUGGGGGAUGUUGUCUCUAGUUUUUAAUUCCUGUUGGGAGGGUGCGUCAGGUGAAGGGUGUCACCACUGCUUGAAAACCCGCUCUCCAGGAAGCGUCAAAUCAAGCCAGCCCUAGUUGACCUUUGCGCCUCUCCUCAGGGCAACUGCAUUGAAAUGUGGGCCAAAGGCUGAGGUCGCAGGAGUGAGGCAUUCAUCAUAGGAUUUCAGAAACCAGCCUUUCGGGAAGUUUUGGGGACAGGGCAGGGGCACUCUCCCUGGAGCCUCUGAAGUACAGAGCGUAGGUCUGCUUUUGUAGAUUAGGCUGUAACUUCAAGUCCUUGUUGUAGAGUGUCCUGGAAUCCUAGAGUCUGCUUUGAUCAAUUUAUUAUCAACUCCAGAAUGACAGAGGAGUGUACAUAGGGAGGAUUUGUAUAGGUGAAGUGAAAUACUUAUUUCCUUAAUGAAAAACAUUGAAAUCCCAGGUUACUUACAGCAGCUGCCUUGUUGGGGGAGGGGGACUGCACAUUUGAAAGUUGUGGCUUUUUGUUUUUUAAAUAUUUGGGAAGAUGUGUCAAGCAAUAAUAUACUAGGCAUGCAAUACUUUUGUCAGGUAGUGUGGACUGGCUUUGGAAAGGUGAGAAAGAAUUCUUCCAGCAGGCUGCUUUGAUUUAUCAAGCUGAGCACAGACACGCCUUUGGAAGGGCACCUUUGUUCAUAUGGUUAAUUUAACAUUUGGGCUGAAGAGUUCAACCUCACCAGGAUGGAAGUGGAUUUUACAGAGUUCCUCUUAUCCAAAGCACAGCAUGCUCACUGCUUUCUCCCUGCAUUCUCCACAUCUCAGCCUCCAGGACCAGCUAUCGGCAAGUCAUUCUGUCCAUUUUCAUUGGCCUGGCCACACGAGGAACAUCCUGUUUCUUUAAAUCCCUAAUGCUCAAAUUGCCAUGUAGAAAGCAACUCCCUAUCAAUUUUCUCCACAUUUAAUCCUCAGCUUCUUGUCACAUUUUCAUUUUUCUGCAUUGGUUUCCAUGGUAACAAGUCUGUUGGCAGAGAAAGUGUGACUCUGCUUUUAGCCUUCUGCAUAAUACAAAAUCCUGCUAGUGAUCCUCAGGCAAGUGUCACACAAAAAGGCAGGGACAGACUACAGUUCCCUAGGCUAAUGCCUCUAAUCCCUUACCCUACUGCAUGCAUUUCCCACCUAUCCCCAAACUGGGCCCACUGAGCCCAGAGAGGAAAGACAGCAUUCAAGGACACUGCCCAGAAUCCCUUCGCCUAUUGAUACAAGUAGGCAAAGGGUCCUCCUACCCAACUGCAGGUGCAAGGGUCAAACCUUUUGGUUCAGAUGGCUUCUUCCAAGUAUCAGUGACUUAACUGACACAAAUGCAUAAUUAACGGUAAUGGCCAACUGGGGGAAGCAUGGAGAAGGAACUUGCACUCAUUUUUCUAUAAAAUAUCCUUAGUAUGCAUGUGAGAUGAUACAGCCCAGGGGAUAAGUUAUGUCCUGAACUGAGCCUUAAAUCAGUGUCUAAUGAUAAAACAGUGGGGACAUUUCAACAGCUUUUUCUCUUAAUGACCCCUUAAGCAGCACAUGAGGGGAGGCCAAGGAGUCAUCCCAGAGGACUAAGCUCCUGAAGAGGGAGAAAUAAGAUGUAGAUAAGUAAAGAGGACAUUGUAACUGGUGGCUGAAUGUCAGCAAGAGACUUCAAUUGCAACAAUUCAGGCUUCAAGGUAAGAAACCUACUGAAAGCUAAGGAAACAGAGCAUAGAGAAAGGAGUUUUUUAGAGUUAACUCUCUGCAGAAAGGGAGCCUGCAAAUGAGAGUAGCUUCAUGCAGACUUUGGCCCAACUCUAUCUGCAAAAUAUUUUUCCAAGUAAUGUUUCUCUUAAUAGAUUAUAUAUUUUGUUUUGACUCUUAGAAUUCCGUUGUGGCUUGGCAUUGUUAUAUACAUGCCUAGCAACCCCAAAUCUCCUAUGUCCUCAAUAUUUAGAAAAAGCAGGAACUGUUCAUCAGAAAUUAAACAGUUCUUGUAUGUGAAUGUGCUUUUAAUUUUUCUUUUAGAAAAGUUAAUGAAUUCAGGGGAAUAAAAAUACAUGUUAGAAAUAAAAAUGUGGGUAUCUCAGCUAAGGUAAGAGAAUUAUCAAAUGUAAAUGAUUCCUUUUUUGUUGAGUCUUAUAAAAUAUGUGAUAGUUAAGUACAUUGAAGUUUCAAAGUUAGCUGAUUAUAUUGUACAAAGAUAUUUUUGGCCCUUUAAAGGUUAUUUUCCUACAUUAAGAAAGGUUUUCUUAUAUUAAAGACUUUUUAUUGUGACUCAGGUUUUGCAUCUGUAUAUAGACACACAUACAAAGGUGUUUUUCUUUGUGCACUUGUUUCGCACGGGUAAAUUAAGGAGGUUAAAUGCUGCCCAGGCGUGCAGGUCCCCUGACCUUUAUGAUAGCUAGAUUAAGGAAAGCAGUUGAUGAACGGACAAAAGAAAUCACAUUCUAUUCCUCUGUAUCUUUCCAUCCCUCUUCCCUUUCCCCGCCACUCUACUAAAGAACAUCUCUUAUUUAGUCAGGAAAUCUUACGUAAUUUUUUGCAAAAUCCACAGGAAAACCAAGACGAAACUCAGGCAGACAGAACAUAAAGCAGUUCCCAUAUUUGCUAGAAUGGUAGUUUAUUUUCAGAAUGUAGUGCUGAACUAAAUUUUAUUUUCAAUACUUGUAGAAUCUUUCCACUCAGAGGACUCACUGGUCUUGAAUGUGGACCAGGCAUCAUUCAGGGCAGUGAGGAAUGUUGUAUGUUAAGUUUUACUCUAGGAAAUCUGGUUUUAGCUUUGACGACACCUAGUGUCAAUGGAAUGCAAUAAAUGUUUUAAUACCACUUUAUGAUGUUCAGGCAUUUCCCCUUAACAUCCUCAACUACAUUUUCCUCCUUGAAAAUGCAAGCCUUAGUAUUUUCUGUUUAAAAUGAAGAGAAAGAUAAUUGAUAGAUAAACCAGAUACUUUGUCUCAAGAGCCAAUCAAGUUUCUCUUUGUACUCAGUGUAUAGAAGGGACUAAAGGAAGCUUAAGGACAAUGACAUUGUCUUCAUAUGAAGGAGGAAUUUUUUCCUCAUUGAAAAUCAGAGGUAAAAAUCUACUGAAUUCUGUUCGUAAGUUUCAAAAACUACCACAAAUAAUCUUGCAAAAGCAGGGUUUGCAAGUACUGUACUUUCAUUUUUCCCACUUUAUAACCACCCAAGGGCACCCCCCCGACCCAGCUGUAUAUAAGUAAACCAUAACAUGAACUAUGGUCUCUUCCUAUUCAGAAAAGAAAUAUUAAAUUAACAACUGCAAUUCUAAACAAAGACAGUGAUAGGUUUUUAAUUGGUUUGUUAAGAAUUUUAAGCAAAAGGAUAAUAGAUGCUAUGUUUUUAGGGUUUUUUUGUUUUUAAGUAUCCAUAAAAAUUAUUCUUUCAAUUCUAAACUGUUUGAUAAUUGGUUACUUUUGAACUCAGUUAUGUUGGGGCAUAAUCCUUGUUUUAUUGUAUAAAGAAGUUCUAAUUCCACCUAUUUAUAUUAAUAUUUUUCCACAUGCUAAACACAUGCACACACAUGCAAAUUUUCCAUUUUUCACGUGAGGUUAUAAUUCAGGUAGUGAAAUAUUUCACUCUUCUGUAAGCUUAAGAACAAUUCCUAAGCAGUGAUACAACAUUAAGCCACUAUUUUAGUAAAAUGAAGGCUGUCUCUGGACUCAUAUUCCUUUUUGAUGGUUGACUCCACUACCAUAUGUGCAGCACAACAGUGACAUCUUAAGGCCAAGUAACUAGAGCUCCUUUAGCCAGAGAAAGAACUUGAAUUGGGAUGUUUUCAAAGAAAUUCCAUUAUAUUAUCAAGUAGUUUUCAAUUUCCAACUGGUAGAUCUUUCUAAGUGCUUCUUUAUUUAUGACUUCCUUUGCAGUCUUUGUGAACAUUCUAAUGUGCACUAGUAAACACUAACAUUUUACAUAGACAUAUUGUAUAUUAAUGCAUGCAUUUCACUGCAUAGUUUAUUGACACUCCCCUUGUAAAGCUUUUAUGGAAGAAACAACAGGCCACAGCAGUAUAGCAAAAGAGGCUUAAUCUUUAUAAAUUGGGGCCUUUUCUGUCUCUUUGCUAGCCUAGGUGGCUGUAUACACAUUCGGGUGGGAGGGGGCAGGAAACACCUCUUAACGUUUAAGGUUUUCUACUUGGGUGAACUCUAGCCAAUUCAAAACAAAUUGCUUACUUUAAUAAAAAAUUUUACCAUUUUAUAAAAAAAUUAAAUCACGACAUGUUUAAUUGAAAUGGCUGUAUUGUAAUUAAUAUUUUGAGAUAAUUGUGAUUUUGAGCUUAAAUUAUAUAUAAAAAAAUUGUCAUUUUUGUAUGUGUUAAAAAACUACUGUAUCACAAUUAACAGUACUUUUUAGUUGAACUACAUAUUGAUGUAAAUAAAAACUGAAUGAAGACAUAUUUACUACUUUAUUAACAUAGAUUGUGAAUGUACUUAAUGGUUUUUUUGCAGUAUGAGAACAUAACGACCUUGAAAGCUGCUUCAUUUUAUGUGCAAAGAAGUCCUAUGAAUCUAUAUUUUAAAUUUACUGAAUCAGUGAAGUUAAUUACUUUGUCAGUUACUUUGCAAAUGCAGGCUGUAUUCUCCAGUUUGAUUUUCUGUAUUGACACUAAUCAGUAAAGGUGUACAGUGUGAUUAGAAUGCAUUUUGAAGAUGCUUUCUGUACAGAUACAAGAUACAGGGACUAAAAUGAUGCUGUGCAGUGUACAGCAGAGCCAUUUUUCGGCUUUGGUGUACUCAACUUUUUCAGUAUUUAAAAAAGUGUUUUGAAUAACAUAAAAGUCUCUUUAUUGUAUAAAUAAUAAAAUGUCACCUUAUUGUAAA